AUGUCCCAGGACUAUCCAUUUCGAGGCUCCGAGAAGGGCUAUGGGCAGCGAGACGACGACUACUAUGAAGACACUGGCACACCUCGCCAGCCCCCUGGUGGUCGUGGUGAUGCAGCUGCAGCGGAGCACGUCAGACCAGAAGUCAGGAGCCUCCUUGAGAGCUGUGGUCUGGACCCCGGUGACCUCUCUGCUCUAGCCGACCUGCCAGAGGACAUGAUCAACAUGGACACUUUGCCCCAGCUGCUGAAGAAACUCUGGGAAAGUAAGAAGAGCAAGAAGUCUGAAUCUCCCGCUUCUGGCUCUUCCCAUUUCGCCGGCAGAAGUGGUGGUGAUGAUGGUGUCGGCUCACGACCAGCCUAUGAGAGGGUGCGGCUUGGUAGUCCUCCAACUACACGGUCAGACCGGUCGGCCUACGACCGACCCACAUCAGCUACCAGGGCACAUGAUGGGCCUCCACGCGGUUCAAAUGACCCUCGCCGCCGAAACACUCGGACAGAUCGUGACAUCGACCUGAGGCCUGGCAAGUACGAUCGGCCUACACCAGGUACCAGCACAUGCGCUCGGUCCACAUCAGACCAUCAAGGCCGAGAUAAUUUGACGGAUCGUGACAUCAACCAGAGGUCUGGCACACGCGCUGCUCCCCACUCUCAACCAGCAACAAGAAGCGGCCGGUCAACAAGAGAUGCGUACGGUGACAUCGACCUGCGGCCUGGGUCACGUGAUCGUUCCACACCUCCUAACAGCUUGUAUGACCCUCACGGUCGUGACAAUCGUGCGCACCGUGACAUCGACCAGAGGCGUGGCAUGUACGAUCGGCCCACGUCAGAAACCAGAUCAUACGAUAGACGCUCACAUGCUCACAGCAUGUACGAUAGACCGACGUCUGCUACCAAAUCACAUAACCGUCACGGCCGAGACACUUUGACGGAUCCUGACAUUGAUCGGAGGCCUGAUUCAUACGAUCGUCCCACAGCAGGUACCAGAAAAAACGACCGGCCCACACCUGCAAACGGGUCAUUUGACCCCCAUGAUCGAGAAAAACGUACAUAUCGUGACAUCGACCUGAGGCCUGGUUCACACGAUCGUACCACAUCAGGUACCAGCACAAACAAUCGGCCCACACCUGCUAACGGCAUGUAUGAUAGGUCUUCGCCUGUUACUAGUACCAGCUCACAUGACCCCCACGACCGUGAAACUUCGACGGAUCGUGACAUCAGCCAGAGGCAGGGUACAUAUGAUCGUACCCCAUCAGCUACCGGCAAAAAUGAUCGCUAUCACUGGACAAGAGAUGCUGGUCAACAACGUAAGCAAUCCACAGAUGAUGACGACCCUGGAGGAUCAUUGGUGACGUGCGUUUCAAAGGAGGAGAGCACACCGCACCACAUGAUGACUUCGAAGAAGAACGCUGCCCCCCACUCUCAACCAAAAAGCCGUGAUCGGUAUCGCUGGACAAGAGAAGGUUUUCAACCCCGUAAGCAACUCACAGAUGAUUACAACGACAAUCAAGGGUCAUUGGUGACGUCUGUUACAAAAGAGGAGAGCACAUCACACCACACAAUGCCUUCAAAGAAGGAGGCGUCCGAUUUCCACGGCAGGCAUCCGGAUGGUCUUCCAUAUACCUGCUCACUCUGCAAUCACAUUGUGGUUAUCAACUGGGACUGGAUCCAACACAUUAAUUCGGCCCAGCAUGCCGACAAUCGGCUUGACCUUCUGCAAAGAUAUCCAGCGUGGGACUGCCAGAUCAAUUCAUACAGACCGGAUGAGGAGCAUCCUUUUAAAUCAUGGCAAAAACCAAGAACCUUGAUAGCACUGAAGAGAUCGAGCGAGCCCACAGAAGAAGCACCUUCAAAUAAGAGGCCUAACCUAGAGAAAACUCCAGAAAAAACAGAGGAAAAUCUGUUAGGACCAGAAGCUAUCUGCGAGCCCACCACCAAGACAUUCGUAAACCUACAAGUCAAUGACGAAGCUCUUGAAGUGGAAUCGGGUGCACCGGCCAACUCCACAAGCGCACCACCCUGUGAAAAGAAAAAAGACACUGAAGAUGAAGACACAACAGGUAAAAUCACAUCUGUACCUGAGCAGGACAAAGAUGCGGGCGAAGAACAACCUGACCAACAACCUUUCGUCCUAGUAAAGAGCAAAAAGGCAGAUGGAAGAAAGACACAGAGACAGAAUAGGAAACAGGUCGUUCAAUGGCUCGCAAAACGUCUCGCACCAAAUGCAGAAGCGAUGGGAAUUGAACAUGACCAGAAAGAAGAGGCCGAAGCGAAACUCCUCAAGUCCCCAGUGCCCAUGCAGGAGGAGAGUCUGGAAGGAGCAGGGCCUCAUCUGGCUGACGAAAAGUGGAUUUGCCCGUCGGGAAGUGUUGCGAUUACCCGUUUUUACACAUACCAUCCAGGAAAAGGGCACAAGAAAAUCAUGCCGUUAGUCAUAAAAAAGGGUUUCCUGUGGUCAACCAUUUACUGGGCUGAGUGGCGUGCCGAUGACAAAUUAGAUGUGAAUAGGAUGGUAAGUACCGGGCGCAAUAAUCUGCAUCUAUCCCCGGGCGACAGAGAGUCCAGGCAAGGGAGGUCGAUCUUGAAGAUUGAUCUCCAAGCAUCCAGCCGACCUGGGCUUAGACGCUGGUCGAGACCACACAUUGUGCCUGUAAAUGUGAAAAUUUGGUAUGACCGGACCUACAAGAUCCCAUGGGCUGAGGUCAUAGAUGCCAAUAACCCAGACAUUUGGAGGAUUCUUUUCCUGCCCGCCAGCAAGGAGAAAUCCAAGGCAUUACUGGACCACCUGGAAAAAUAAUCUUGAUCAUCACUUGAGUCUGAACUACAUUAAUUUGAACGCCAUCAUCUUAUUCAUUAUUAUUUUUAUUUUUAUUACUAUUAUAAUUGUUAAUUUUGUGCAAUUAGCAGUAAAAGUUAAUACAGUGAUAUCCGGUUGCAUGUUGUAAUUCAGACUUUGUGAAUGACUCAGGGAAUUCAUAAUCUGCAAUAUUUCAUUAUCAUUGACAGAGGAUCUGAUGACAAACCAGCUUGCUUUUUGGGCCUAAUAGAGGCAAUCCCUAGUUGGUGUCUGAAGGGCAGGGUACAGAGUCCUGAAACAAAUUAAGCCAGUGGAAGGCUAUGAACACCCAUUUGAAACAUGAAACACAGUUGAGUAAACCCUUGCUUGAGGACAUGGAGAAGAUCUACCUUUUCAUGAGUUGAAAAAUUCCACUUUCCCCAUCUUAGAAUUUGAUGGGGACAUUAAGUACUUGUGAAGAAGUAACAUUUGUGUAUGGACGGCAGGAAUUCUGGAAAUAAACUACUGAAAAUACACUGCA